AUGUAUGCCUCUCCCGUUUUUCCUUCCACGCCACUGUGCAAAGCAAGCCUCGAUGGCCGCCUCGUCGCCACGCUGAGCGCGCAGACCAUCACCGUGCGCUCCGUCGUGACGCUGCAGGUAGAGCAUAUCGUUUCGCUCCCGUCCGGCCUCGGCCCCGUGACGUCGCUGCAAUGGUCGCCCGCGUCCACGCGGCUGCUCGUCUGCGCUGGCGAGAGCGUCCACGUCUUUUCCGCCACCGCCGUUGACGGCGAAUUUUCCGCCGCCAUCCACAGCCCGCUGCUGCCCGGCGAAAAGGCCACCCUGGCACGCUUCGGCGCCCGCGACGGCGAGGUGCUCGUCUGCUCGCCUUCGGGCCUCAAGCUGGCCGUCUUCGACCUCGCGACGGCGACGGCGGUCGAGAUUGCGCACCCCAAGUUUCACCAGCCGGCCUCGGUGCACCGGAGCUACUCGAUGCGCCCCGCGACGGCGCACCUGGCCGUGCUGACGCGGCGCGGCGGCAAGGAUUUCGUGAGCAUACACCAUCCCGUCUCCCGCCAGGUGCAAAAGUCGUGGGCCGUGGAGUCGGUGGUGGACGCCCAGGCCGUGUGCUGGACGCCGGACGGGAGGUGGCUGAUGCUCUGGGAGGCGGCCGCGCAUGGGCACCAGUUGGUGCUCUACACAGCGGAUGGGCAGCACUUUAGAACAAUUACCGGCGCGAAUCUGUCAGAUGAUCCAGAUGCGUUCCUGGAGCUAGGCAUCAGGACUUGCCAGCCGAGUCCUAGCUCGGAGCUUUGCGCCAUAGGUGACCACAGUCGUGGCGUUGUGAUAUUACAAACAGACUCAUGGCGGAAGAGCGCAAUAUUCACACACCCCGUGACGAUUGAACCUCGGGAUGCGUUACAUGUAUGGCAGGAGCAGCUCACAAUAUCUAGAGAGGGCGAAACAGUGCACACAUUUCAGCGCGCGACGCAGCCCAUCUCACCGCCAGGCACACCCUCCGACGGGAAACCAACGGACACAAAAUCCGGCUGUGCCAGCCUCGCCUUUGACGCCUCCUCGACGCUCCUCGCCACGCGCCUCGACGACGCACCCGGCACCAUCUGGAUCUGGGACAUUGUCGCGGCCGAGCUGCGCGCCGUGCUCGUGUUCCACUCCGUCGUCACCUUUGCCUGGCACAAGCACGCGCGGGAGCUGCUCCUCAUCACCGCCCACAGCGAGAGCCGCCCGGGGCUGUCGUACCUGUGGGAUCCGCUGCUGCCGGGGCCCACGCCCGUGGUGCCGGACGAGUUCAUCGCGGCGAGGGGGAGCUCGGUCGGCGCGCCGGCCAAGGCGCAGAUCUCGUGGAUCAACCUAGACAUGGAUAUCCCGCUGGCGCUGCUGUCCACGCCACAGCAGUACCGGAUCCUCUCGCUGGGCGAAGGCGACGAGGUCCCGGAGACGUGGCACGGCGCGUCCAAGUGGGACAACGAGCCGCCGCCCAAGAGCAAUGGCGGCGGGUUCGACCCGGACAUUUCUGAUACAUCGAUGGAUGAUGGUGCGGCGGUGGAAGACACUUUUCAGUUCCGGAAGACGUGA